AUGAGUGAUAUUCAGAAAGAUAAACUCUUUAGUGCCGCUAAUAUCGUAGAUAUUAAGAGGGCAUUUAAGGAGGCUGAUGAGGAUGGAAGUGGUGGCUUAGACGAGGAAGAAUUUUGUGACCUGAUGGUCAAUUUAUGCGGGUCUGUCAGUAAGGCAGAAUUAAUUUGCCUUCACUGGAAGAUUGACGCAAAUGGUGAUGGAACUGUGGACCUUGGUGAGCUUAUGGACUUCCUGCUGUCUAAAAAUAAGGCAUCAGAUAAAAUGGACUCGAAGCAUAUAGCUUUUCCCAAGUCCAUCAAAGUAAUCCCUUCAGGUCACUAUAAAAAAAUCAUCCGUAUUCUAUGGCGGCCUUUUGAGGAUGACAGUGAUCCUGAUGAGAAUCCUGAUGAUGAAGUCAGGACUUACCAGAAAGGUCAGUACUUAACUAUUAGUUCGGAUGGCGUACUUAACUACUGGAGUGACAGCUUUGACUCCAGUGACACAAUAACAUUUAGAAAAAAAGAAACAACACUUCCUUUCGAACAUAAUAAGAAGUCAAAAGUAACUGACAUGGUCUACAUAAAAGAACUCCAACAGCUGGCUGUUUCAACUACUGACAGAGAACUAAAAUUUUAUAACUCAAAUGAAAUAAGUCAAUUGUUCUCUGUCAGUCACUCUUUGAUUGUUGAGGACAACAUUGUCACGACCUUAAACUACUGGUCAGAUGACACAAAAGGAAUGUUUUCCUUUGGUGAUGACAAAGGAUUCCUCUAUGUAUUCGUUUGUCACAACAUAAGAAACACUGAACGGAUAAGUCUCUUCUGCAGUGAUGCAUUUGAGAAAAUCUCUCUUAAGAAUUAUCCAGUUUUGUAUGUUUCAAAACUUUUAAAAAGACCGCCUAGGCCCGACUUUUGGUGUGCAAAAGUCCACAUCUUUGGUGAUACAUGCAGUCAGAUCCAAUACUUUCCAAAACUUAACCUUUAUGCUGUCUGCGGUGGUUCAUCUAAGACCAUGGUCCUUGCUGCUUUGCCCGAUCCACACACAGCUAAACUGAAUGUAUUUGAGAGUGAGAAAGGUAAAGAUUUCUUCACUUGCGUUGAAUACUGCCAGGCGGAAGAUAAACUGGUGACAGGUGGUACAGAUGGCCUACUGCGAGUAUGGUUUCCUCACAAAACCAAGCCUUGCAAUGUAUUGAAAGGACAUGAGAAACCUGUCACCAACAUCAUGUUCAAUCAUGACAAAAAAAUCUUGAUCUCUUUAUCUGAGGACAACAACGUUCGUGUGUGGACUCAGAAUGGUUGGCUGUGUAGGCAAAGCUUCUAUGUUGAAGGUAUGGGACGGGGCCGUAUUUCUAGUGUGUGUUACAAUUCACACAACAAUGAGUUAAUUCUGGCAAACACAAAUAUAGGAAAAUAUCUUGGAAGAGGAACGGAUGUUUUUAGAGAUUCGUUAACGUCCCAUGAUGCGCCCUUGUGCUCUGUUCUCUAUCACAGCAUUUUCAAGCAGGUCGUUUCAGUUUGCCAAAAUGGUGUCGUGACAGUUUCAGAUAUCUUAACAGGACAGGCUGUCAUGCAGUUCAAAGUCACUCCUGCUAAGAGUGUGGGGCACACUGCCAUUGCAUUUGAUGAACUGCAGCGUAAACUUAUCACAGUUUCCCAGGAUGGAAUACUGAGAAUGUGGAACUUUAAUAAUGGUACAGAGCUUGAUGUGAUUCCUGUUACCCUGCCAAGGGAGGUAACAGGAAUUGUCUGUGUAAAAGAUAGGGUGUUUGUGUCAGGUAGGAACUCCAGGUACAUUUUUAACCUGGAUAUAAAGGAUUAUGACCACAAGAUUUGGCAACAUGAUAAUUUGGAGGACAUUUCUUCAAUGGAUUUCCAUGAGAACCUCCUUUUUACUGUUUCCAGCAGUGGGAACACUGUAAUUUGGAAUAUUGAGACAGCUGAUGUUUGCUACUCUUUCAAAGAGAGCCAAAGCCCACGAAUAUUCUGGGCAGACAAAAAACAUCAAGGCUUAACAAUGAGGCUGUCCAAAAAUAAUUUAAACAGAGUCACAGAUAGUGAGAGACAUUCUCAAAAAUGUCUGACUGGGGACAUGAUUGCUAUAAAUAGACCUUCUAUGCUAGCCCUGAAGACCAGGGAGGUCACUCCCAGCACAGCCACACUGCUAACUUCUGCAGAUGGCUACAUAAGUGCCUGGUCUGUUAAAAGUAAGGGAGGUUUGAUAGCAAAGUUCCGGGCAGUGACUGAUGAAGGUGCAGUCAUUACCGCCAUGUCCACCAAUGUAAAUGAAAAGAUAUUACUGACCGGUGAUAGUACCGGAAAGAUUUGUCUUUGGGACAUUAAGGGAUUUGGGUUUAAAGAGACGAGCCAAGGGCCAUUUAAUAAUAUAAAUGGGUGGUUCAUGUCAUUGUGUCCACCUCCUCUGCUGGCCUCCUGGCAAUCCCACCUGACAAGGGUGGUGAGUAUUCAGUGUGAUCCCACUUGUGAAAACAUUAUUACUGCAGGGUUGGACUGCAAUGUCCAGCUGUGGACAAACAGAGGCCGCUGCAUAGGUGUUUUUGGUAAAGACGAGUGGGAUGCUACACAACUCUGCUCUGGGGAGAAUGCUGACCAGGAGGAGGCAGGAAUCACAGGCACAAAAGAGACAAGACAUUUUAAAGGCAAUAAGAAAAUUAAGCACCACAGUCUAAAGGGAAAUGCUGACUCAAAACCUCGAAUGGCUAUACUAGAUUCCCCAGUAACACACUAUAAAGACCUCUGUACUGAAAUUCAAGAGUUUACAGCACCUGGGGUCUCUUCUGAUCAGGUCCACCUGAGGUCUAAAAAUGCACCAAUCAUCUCUGAUGAGAAGCAGCAAUCUGCUGGUGCAUUCAAGAAAGGGCCCAAAGAACCUUCAGUCAGGAGCAAAAUCCUGAAGACUUUAUCACAGCGCAUACAAUUCCCAACCCCAGUUAAUACAGUGCAGCUCAAUGCCAGUGAGAGGCAAUUUGAGCCACACCCACCUCAGACCCCGCUGAUCAGAGGUGGCAUUGAUACCCCUCCAGGCAAUCUGGGGUCUGAGCAAACACCAGGGCAUGUACGCUUUCCCUCCAUCCGUGAUAGGGUUAUGCGAACACAUGGUGAGAGUAAAUUUAAGCCACACCCGCCUCAGACCUCAUUCAUUGAAGAUGGCACAGACCGUACACAAGGCUUGCCAAUGACAGCAUCUUCAAACUCGAGUCUGAGUAGGCCCACAUAUGGUCGUGAGGUCAAGAUUCAGCAAAAAGAACCUUUAAAAGACUUUGUCCUGACACCAUGUCCACCAAAUACUUUAGGCAAUCAGCGGUCUGCGCAAACACCAAAGCAUGUGAACUUGCCCCCUGUCAAUACUUGGGAUCGGCUAACACAUACUGAAAGUCAGUUGAAGCCACAACCGCCUCAAACCUCGCUCGCUGGAAGUGGCAUAGACUGUACACAAAGCUCACCAAUAUCGGCAUUUUUAAAGUUGAACCAGACUAGGUCCAAAUAUGAACGUGAGCUCAAGAUUCAGAAAAGAGCAGCGUUAAAAGACUUUGUCCUCACACCAUGUCAGUCAAACGCUUUAGGUAGUCUGGGGUCUGGGCAACCACCAGAGCAUGUACGCUUGCCCCCUAUCCAUGAUAAGGUGCAGCUGAUACAUAGUGAAAGUAAGUUUAAGCCACAACCGCCUCAGACCCCACUCAUUAGAGGGGGCACAGACCGUAGACAAAGCUCACCGACAAGAGCAUCUUUAAAGCUGAACCAGAUUAGGUCCAAAUACGGUCGUGAGCUCAAGCUUCAACAGAGUGAAGCAUUGAAAGACUUCGUCCUCACACCAUGUCCACCAAAUGCAAAGUCAGCUUUAAAGACGUCGUCACACAUGCGCCAACAAGCUAGUACAGUCAAGUGUGAGUCUGAACACACGAAAAAACAAGUACGCUUUCCACCCAUCUCUGAAAAGGUCCAGCUCACCACAGCCCACACUAAUGCUUUAAAAAGCUCACCACGAUUCAGCAGCAGAAGAUGA